GAGGCAGCUGGCGAGCGGUUGAUCGCACGCUCCGAGAUCGAAUCAGUUCGAGAUUCGCUGGUCAGAGAAUCACUGGCUGGAGGUUGCUGCAGCUGCAACCUGGUUCCGUUUCCAACCAGAUUGUUGCACAAUCGAACGGGUUCUCCGGGCGUAUACGCAACGCGUCGCUUUAUUAAGUUGCGCAUACGUCACCGUGCCGCGACCGUUGAACUUCUUGCCAGUUAUCGUACGACACUCGACGGUUGACAACGCUAAAUCUCAGGUAUAACACCUGCUCACCGACGCUAAAUAUGGGAUACGACGACGUCAUCACCCACCUGGGUGAAUUCGGACCGUAUCAGAAGCGCAUUUACUACCUUCUCUGCCUGCCAGCCAUAGUCUGCGCUUUCCACAAGCUGGCGGGGGUUUUUCUCCUUGCCAAACCCGACUUUCGAUGUGCUCUGCCCUACGAGAACGGGAGUAGCUAUGAGUUAUCACCACACCUGUGGAAUCUCUCGUAUCCGCAAGACGAGAGGUGUGCCUACUACGAUGUUGAGUACACGGAGGAGUACCUGAAUGGCAGCCUGGCUAGGACUACCAAUGCGACUAAGAGCUGUUCUCGAUACGUUUACGAUCGGAGCAAGUACCUCAACAGUGCCGUCACCGAAUGGGACAUGGUCUGCAACCGGAGCCUGCUGAGUGCCACUAGUGAUUCCCUCUUCAUGUUGGGCGUGCUCCUGGGCAGCUUCAUUUUUGGCCAAAUGUCUGAUAAGCUGGGACGUAAGCCCACCUUUUUCGCUUCGUUGGUGCUCCAGCUGAUCUUUGGCGUUUUGGCAGCCGUGGCUCCUGAGUACUUCAGUUACACUAUUUCUCGGAUGAUUGUGGGUGCCACCACCUCUGGUGUUUUUCUGGUGGCCUAUGUGAUUGCCCUGGAGAUGGUGGGCUCCUCCUAUCGCCUUUUUGCCGGAGUGGCCAUGCAGAUGUUCUUCUCUGUGGGCUUUAUGCUCACAGCUGGCUUUGCCUACUUCAUCCACGACUGGCGUUGGCUGCAGAUUGCUCUGACUUUGCCUGGGCUCCUAUUCAUUUGCUACUACUGGAUCAUUCCGGAGUCUGCCCGUUGGCUUUUGAUGAAGGGUCGCCAAGAGGAGGCCUUUGUGAUUAUCAAAAAGGCAGCCAAGGAAAACCGGGUUGAAAUACCCAGUGAAAUCUAUGAGCAGCUUGUGGAAGAGGUGGCCGAAAAGAAGAAGCUGGACGAGCAGACGGCCUCUCAGCCAGCGGCUACCGUAUUUGAUCUCCUUCGUUACCCAAAUCUUCGCCGGAAAACCUUGCUGAUUUUCUUCGAUUGGUUUGUAAACAGUGGUGUUUACUAUGGCCUCUCCUGGAACACGAACAAUUUGGGUGGAAAUCAGCUAGUUAACUUUGUAAUCUCUGGUGCCGUGGAGAUUCCCGCCUAUACGCUGCUCCUCUUCACCCUCAACCGUUGGGGUCGUCGUUCUAUCCUAUGCGGAACCAUGUUGAUUGCCGGGGUCAGUCUGCUGGCCACCAUCUUUGUGCCGAGUGACAUGAACUGGUUGAUAAUUGCCUGUGCCAUGAUAGGAAAGCUGGCCAUUACCUCUUCCUACGGAACCAUUUACAUCUUCUCGGCGGAACAGUUCCCGACAGUGGUAAGGAAUGUGGGUCUGGGAGCCUCCUCUAUGGUGGCUCGAGUUGGUGGAAUCCUGGCUCCAUAUCUCAAGUUACUGGGUGAGAUCUGGCGUCCAUUGCCGUUGAUCAUCUGUGGAGCUCUGUCCCUGAUCGCUGGAUUGCUGUCUCUACUCCUACCGGAGACCCUGAACAAACCCAUGCCAGAGACCAUCGAGGAUGGCGAGAACUUCGGCAAGAAGCAGGCACCACAAGAUGCCGCCGAGGAGGGUGGCACUCAAGAGCUUGACGGGAUGCUCAACGGAAAGUCAAGCUGAUUCGAGUCUGUCUUGCCGGAGACACAAACAUUUAACUCAAUCUAAACUAAUGACCUCAAUUGGCUAGCGCCCUGGUCAUUUUAACGAAUUUAAGCAUUCAGCGCAUUUCCAUUUCUUUUGAGAUAUUUCAAUACAUUCCCAUUUCUCGACUUUGUUUAUUUACCUUUACAAGCGAUUUAAUAAAAAACAAGUAAAUAUAAA